UGUGUUGUUCUCUGGCUGCUGCUGCGGCGGCGCAGGAGCGAUUUUGCUUUUUUGGAAAAUGCGGAGACAUCUCUGGAAUUCCGCCUGAUUUCCCCGAUUCCCCCCGUUUCCCCCGGUCUCUCUGUGUCUUUCUGCGCCCUGACUUUUCCAGAACAGCCUUCCGACACAACACCAGGCCCUAUGCCGGCUUAGAGAGGGGCCAGGCCUGCCAAUCUUGAGGCUGAUCGGUUGAAGAUGAGCCUGCAUGGUGCCAGUGGAGGCUGUGACCGCUCGCGAGAUCGCCGGUCGAGUGACCGCUCACGGGACUCCUCUCACGAGCGCGGCGAAGGCCAGCUCACACCCUGUAUCCGAAACGUCACCUCACCCACACGCCAGCACACUAGUGAACGAGAAGGCAGCUCAUCGCGGCCCAGCAGCCCCAGGCCUCAGAGAGUCUCUCCCAGCGGCUCCAGCAGCAGCAGCAGUGGGGUGAUCAGCAGUCGUAACAGCAGCCUGUCCAGCUCAGAGGGCACCUUUAAGAGCACGGGCGUGGGCGAGAUGGUGUUCGUGUAUGAAAACGCCAAGGAGGGAGCCCGCAGCAUCCGGACCUCAGAGAGGGUCACACUCAUCGUGGACAACACGCGCUUCGUAGUGGACCCCUCCAUCUUUACUGCACAGCCCAACACUAUGCUGGGCAGAAUGUUUGGUUCAGGAAGAGAACACAAUUUCACACGCCCGAAUGAGAAAGGAGAGUACGAGGUGGCAGAGGGCAUCAGUUCCACUGUGUUCAGGGCCAUUCUGGAUUACUAUAAAUCUGGGAUAAUCCGCUGCCCUGAUGGAAUCUCCAUUCCUGAGCUGAGGGAAGCAUGUGACUAUCUGUGCAUCUCCUUCGACUACAGCACGAUAAAGUGCAGGGACCUGAGUGCCCUGAUGCACGAGCUGUCCAACGACGGCGCACGGCGGCAGUUCGAGUUCUACCUGGAGGAGAUGGUGCUGCCGCUGAUGGUGGCGAGUGCUCAGAGUGGGGAGAGGGAGUGCCACAUCGUCGUGCUCACUGAUGAUGAUGUGGUGGACUGGGAUGAGGAGUACCCACCUCAGAUGGGAGAGGAGUAUUCACAAAUAAUAUACAGUACAAAACUCUACCGCUUCUUCAAGUACAUUGAAAACCGAGAUGUUGCCAAAUCAGUUUUGAAGGAACGAGGGCUGAAGAAAAUCAGAUUAGGCAUUGAAGGUUAUCCCACGUACAAGGAGAAAGUGAAGAAGCGCCCGGGAGGCAGGCCGGAGGUCAUCUACAACUACGUCCAGAGACCCUUCAUCCGCAUGUCCUGGGAGAAGGAGGAGGGGAAGAGCAGACACGUGGACUUCCAGUGCGUCAAAAGCAAGUCCAUCACCAACCUGGCGGCGGCGGCGGCGGACAUUCCACAGGACCAGCUGGUGGUCAUGCAUCCCGGCCCUCAGGUGGACGAACUGGACAUUCUCCCAAACCACCCUCCCCCGGGCCACCACUACAGCAACAACUACAACAACGAGCCGGACCCCGACGCCGCCUCGCCCGCGCUCUGAGAUCAGACUGUAACCCCCCUGACCUCUGACCCCCUGACCCCCGACCCAUCCCCCCCGCUCCCCCUCCACAGCAUGCUGCAGCAUGGAGCGAGAGUGACACCAUAACCGGAUUGCCUUCUGCACCUCCUUCGCAGCCUUAGAGCCUCAACUAUCUAGUCUACUGUACAACAGAAGGAAAAAAAAAACACGAAGAAGAAAAAAGAAGAAGAAAGAAUUGAUUUAAAAAAAAAAAAAACACAAACACACAGACACACACACACACACCCGCGAGGGACUCGGGAUACUGGCAUGGGCAGUGCUCUCCUCUUUUCUUUUUUUACUUGACCAAAGGAAAAUUAUUUUUUUGUUAGUUGUUUGAAAUGAAAUUAUUUAGCAAACCUCACUUAUUUUGUAAUUGGGCCUAUUUUAUUGUUAUUAAUUAUUACUAUUGUUCAUUUUCCAUUUCCAUUAUAUUAUUAUCGCUAUGAUUUAUUAUCAGAUUUUAUCUUAUUUGAAAGGUUGGGAUGUAUUCUGGGUGGUGCCACUGUGUUUAUUAUUAUUAUUAUUAUUAAUAUUAUUAUUUGUAUUUCUUUUGUUUAUCACGGAAAGCUCUCCCACAAUCCCGGUUUAAAAAAUUCCCCUCAGAGCUCCUUUGCAGCACAGAACCAAAGGAGUAGUAUUUGCCUGGUGAAUGAAUGCAGUGUUAUUUCUGUUUUUUUCUCCAUGGCAGAACAUACAUUCAUGUGUUCCCUCUGUUCAGAGCUUGAGAAUCAUUGUAUAAAUAAAGAUGUAAAACACA